AUGAUUUCGCUUCAGUUUCUUUAUGGAUUUUUUGUCGGCGAGGUGGUACUGUUUUUGUUGGUCGUACUAAUUCUGCAAAGAUCAUUUCCAAGGGUUAAAAGGCCACCAUCGCCUUCCCCAUCACAAAAGUGCUCUCCAUCUUUCGCCAAAGAUGGCAGCAAAGUGGGUGCAUUUGAGGAAUUGUCUGAAUUYUUUUUGAAAAUAUACAAAUCGCCAGCCGAAAAUGAGAAACACUCUCACAUCACCAACAAGGUUGUUGAUUUACACCAGCGACGAGACGAGUAUAGGUCUUUUCUUACAGGGUUUGACGAUACAAUCUGGAUCAACGAGGCGAUCCAAACCGCUUUUUUCUACUAUUCUACUUCGGAAUCGAUGCACAACAGCAUAAAAGAAGGCAUCGAGAAAUCGCUUUUUGACGCUGCACCUGCGUUUUUGGUGUGCGAGUUUGAUUUUAUAUUGGGGGGGAUAAGAGAAAAAGGAACGCUGUCGCACCCGACGAUAACCGAUGUGUAUCACGAACGAUUUUCAAAUGACCUCUCCGACAUCUCCAUUCGAUUUCAUCUGCACUGGGAUAACAUGGGGACAUUUCUUCUGGGCGCAGAUGCCGUACUUCCAUUCAAAAACGCAAUUCUACUUACCCUUCCACUGGGGUUGGGCAUUCAUAUUGACAAAAUAUCUGGAUAUAAGGGAAAGCUUGGGAUCGGCCUCGCCCGCCAUCGCCGCCAUUUCAUUGCAUCCGAAUUUCAUCCUGAGGUUGCAUGUUUUGUCGGCAAUUGGGGACGAUACGGGCCAAAAAACGGCGCUCAAAAACAAUGGCAAAAUAGCGCAAAUGAUAGAAUGGGCGAUAAAACAGUCGCUUGA